AUGACUCUAACAGAGGAUAUACCAUUUCUUCAAGAGUGUGCUUUUAUACAACAUAAAACAGAGCUUAGAAAAUAUCUAGAUGAUGUGAAAGCAACAGAACAGCAAGAAUUUAAUGAACUUAAAGCAAAAAAGACAUUACUCGAAUGUCAAUGUUGUUAUGAUGAAUAUAUACCAUCCAAGUGUUCCAAAUGUGAGGAUGGUCACAUAUUUUGCAAUUCAUGCAUUAAUAAGAGCACAGACAUGGUAUUAGCAGAUGGUAAUACGCGCGUUGAUUGCUUAUUGCAAUGUGGUCGCGAAUUUUCUUUAUCUGUACUUCAACAGGUAUUACCGCCAACCAAAUUUAGUAUUUUACUUUGUAAACAACAAGAAGCGGAGGUACUAGCUGCUGGAAUCCAUGGUUUAGUAUCGUGUCCAUUUUGUUAUUUUGCAUCUAUACCACCAGCCGAAGACAUGAUUUUCAAAUGUCUUAAUCCGGAAUGUAUGAAAGAAUCUUGCCGAUUAUGCAAGAAACUUAAUCAUAUACCUUUGACAUGCAACGAAAAUAAGUUAGAAACUGCACGUUUACAUUUGGAAGAGAUGAUGACUCAAGCUCUGGUACGAAAAUGCUACCGUUGUAGUCGAAAGUUUUUCAAAGAAGAAGACUGUAAUAAUAUGACUUGUAUCUGUGGCGCUCAAAUGUGUUACAUUUGUGAUAAACCAAUUACCGAUUAUAAGCACUUCCGAAGUCAAGGAACAGAACGUUCAGAUCGUUGCCCACUGUGGAGCGAUGAUCGUCGCAUGAAUGCUGAGAAAGUAAUCAAAGUAUGUGAAGAAACUAUGAAGCAGAUUAAUGAAAAUGAUCCUGAUAUCGAUAUAAAUGUGGAUGCGCUUUUACCAGAGUUACCACCUAAAAGCAAGGGUCCUCAUGAAGAUAUUUAAAAUACAUAU